AUGCCCAAGAGAUAUCGUAGCUUCACUGUUGAACACAAGAUCAGCGUUGUUGAAUGGCAUCGAGUGCAAACGCAAGCCGACAUCUUAUCCAACAGAUUGUGGUGCUGUGAGGAAAGUGACCAAGACAGUGACGAAGAGAGUAAAGAUGUGAGUCGUCAGGAUCGAUUUGAAGCCAUUUGGGCAUCACUGAAAAUGCCUGAACAUCAACGUCUCGAUAUGGUGAUCAAGCAUAGCACUAACGACAGAGGCCAUGUGGGGCAGGCAUUAGAUUUGUGGGAAUCAGCAGCACAAGCUGUUGUCAAACGAGAGUCAAUUAUAUCAGAAUUGGAGUUGUUUGAAAGGCAGGCAUCUGACCCCGGACGUUUCUUUGAAAAAGGAACUGUAGGCAGCUCUAGCUAUCGUCUUGCUGAGGCAAAAGGCAGAGAGAAACUUUACAAGCGUUUGGAGCCAUUAGAAGCUGCUGCACAAGCCACCGUUUUAUUAGUACAAGACAAGUUAGGAGAUACAGUUACUUAUGAGGGCCGACCAUACAUAGAGAAGAUACGUUUCGACAGGGUUGAAAUGCUUUAUUGGUUGCAGCAGGAACGACGACGAGAGGCUUUGGUGUCAAAAGAUCUUCCACCUCUUGUUGCUUCAAAGUCUAACAUCUGACUGCUGCAGAUACAAAUGUUCUUGUACAGUGCCAUAAUAAUUACUGCAUCAUCUGGUGUUUUAUAAUAUGUAUUAUUGUUUGCAUUGCAAUAAUAUCUUCACGGUAUUUUUAUACAUGGACGAAGACUCUGAAAGUGUGAAAGUGUGCUUUUUGGAGGCUAUUUAUGUAACCUCUUGUUUGUACUGCUUACACACACCCUGGGGAAAAAGUGUAUGGUGUAAGAAAUGCUGUUUUACGUCUUGAUAAGGUGCUUAGAUAUACGCUCUCAAUUCCCACAUAUCAGUUUGUAGAC